CUCAAGGAUUUAAAAAAAGGUACCUACGGUAUUCGACUGCUGCAAAUAUCAGGCGAAAAACUAUCUUCGCUGCCUCAGCUCGUGGAUCCAUUUAAGGAAAAACUUAGAGCUAAAAUGGCCGAACUGGAGCUGUGUAACGACCAGUUAUAUAAUGCUGAUGAGUCACGCUUAUUCUGGAAACUCCUGCCAGAAAAAACGUGCGUGUUCAGUAUUGAAAAGAGAGCCCCAGUCGUUAAGUCGGAAAAGCAGCGAAUCACAUUUUUAUGUUGCUCAAACGCCACUGGAUCUCAUAAACUGAAACUUUUGGUAAUUGGAAAGGCAAAGAACCCACGCUGCUUUAAAAACUUUCAAUGCCCCACAGACUAUAAGAGCUCAAAACCGCCUGGAUGACGUCGGCUGUUUUCAAGGAAUGGUUUCAUGAGUCCUUCGUUCCACAGAUAACGUCAUUUUUAAAGGAGAAAGGUUUGCCAAUAAAAGCUCUACGGCAGGUGAUGACGAUUCCGAAGAGAGUGUUCCGCUCGCAGUUUUAAAAGAAAAAUGGGGAGCUGAACUUCGCGCCUUGAUGAGCAAUACCGUCGAUCUCCUUAACAGUUUGAAUGCUGAGGCUGAAUUAACGCUACCAAGCGUUCAUGAAUGGAACGAAGAUAUUGAAGAUGAUAAUGCAAAUGACGAGAAUGAAGAAGAAGACGAUUCCGAUGAAGGCAGCAUAUCGGAGGUAGAGGAGAAAAUUAAGCGGACUGAAGCAGUUGAAAUUUUCAACAAGGCGAUAAGGUGGGCUGGUCAUGAAGACGUCGAUGCAAAUGAUGUAAAUGUACUAAGACGUCUAAGAGAGAAAGCUGUGCUCCAACUUUUAGAAACACAGAAGAUACAGAAAAGGAUGACUGAUUUUUUCAAAUAAAACCUAGAUUUUGUAUAAUAUGUGUUACGUAAAAAUGUAUAUGUAAUGAAAACAUGAAUAAA